AUGGUGGAGUUUGAGGCCGGGGCUCGCAAGGACCCUAAGCCCUGCGGCUACUUGGUGAUCUACGUGGAUGACUUUUUGGCGGUGGGACCUACUUCCUUGGUGGAGAAUGUCAUCAAGAGGAUCAAUCAGGAGUGGGUUUGCAGCGCGCCGGAGUGGGUGAACAAGGCAGGAUGGACGAAGUUCUGCGGAAUGGAGUUGAAGUGGGACGAGGACGGUGAGACUCUCCGGGUAGCACAACCCUCGUACAUCUCGGAGCUGAUGCAGCGUCACGAGGUGGUGAUGGCUAAACCGGCCCCGUUCUACAAGCCGGAGGUGCCUGAGAAUCCGGUGGUCACGCAAGAUGGCAUCCGGGAGGCGCAGGGACUGGUUGGAGAAUUGCUAUGGGUGUCGGUGCGCACCAGGCCGGAUGUGGCAUUCGGGGUUUCCUGGAUGUCGCAACAUGUCACCCGGUGCCCUUUGGAAGUCGUGAAGGCUGGGAAGGACAUGAUGGCCUACCUUUACGGCACGAAGGACUUGGGACUGGUCUAUGGGCGCUGCCUGGGAGACCGAGGAGCAGAAGGAAAUCUUCCUUUCGCGAGAUCGAUGAGGCGGCUGGAAAUGUACGCGGACAUCUCUUUUGCGCCGCAGGGAGAGAAGAGCCACCAGGGAGUUUUGGGAUUCUAUGGUGGUGCCCUCGUCCAAUGGGAAUCGGGUCGACAGCCUUUUUGCACCCUCAGCACGGCAGAGGCGGAGUUGGUGGGCUAUAUCGAGGCCAUGAUCAUGGGAGACUCCCUCUGUGCCAUCCUGGACAUCACCGAAGGGGGAUGCUGGAGCGCCAAGGAGGCGGAGCGGGUGAUCUACGGGGACAACACGGCGGCCUUGGCAAUCGUGCAAAGUCCUUCGGGACCGUGGCGAACACGGCAUUUGCGCCUUCGAUCCAACGUGCUGCGGGAAAGAGUGCGAGAAGGGGAAUGGCAGAUCCGACAUUUGCCGGCUAGCGGGUUGGUGGCUGACUACCUCACGAAGGCGGUCGCGGCGAGGACCCAGUGGCUUCGAUUCUACUCCAUGGCGGGCAUGAUCAAAGAUGAGUCGGAGGUGGUUUCGCGGCCAGGACCAGGAGAAGCAGACGGUGGUCGGGUCAUUGGCAAGGAGGCAGCGGUGAAGGUCGCUGCGAUGAGUGGGUUGAUGGGCCUCAUCGCCUGCUGGAAGCCUCAGGAUCGGGGAUCGUGCCUGAUCCGGGAUGUCUGCUUGGCCUCCCUUGGAGUGGGUGUAGGAUUCGUGCUGAAAGGCCAAUGGGCCCAACCCAAGAGGGAAACAAGAUCGGCUAGGGAAAAUGAACCAGCCGCACGUGAGGACAACCCAAUGAGGGUUGCAAAGAUGGUCAGGGAAGAUGAACCGACCGCAGUAGAGGACCCCUUUGUGACAUCAAGAUGGGCUAGGGAAAAUGAACCAGCCCCGAGGGUAAACCCGGUGGAUCUUUGCCGCAGGCCAUUUUACCACUGCCCUACGGGCUGCCCUGCAUCAGUAGGUAAGGGUCAGGUGCCGAUCGGGGCACCGGGUGAGCCAUGGCCUGAACCUCCGGGUGGUCCAGAUCGUGGGUCAUUGGAUGAGGAGCCCGAGGACUUUUGGGAGGUGACGUUUGAGCGGGACUUCAUCGUGGCGACCCGCAUCCACAUGCUGAGGAGAAACCGGGACUUUCAACCGGAUCCCAGGAACAUGCCGCCGGGGGUCAACGCUACGAUGCUGGAGGGUCGGCGACAGACAAAUUUGGUCUUCGUCGACAUCAGACGCGGGCGGCGGGUGAUCAAUGACAACUGGAGGACGGAUGUUUUUCGCGAAGCAGAUGCCUGGACGGGAUCUACGACGUUUGUGGCUCCUUUGCGGGGCAAUGUGGGUUUGAGGGACUUGGGGAUCACUUCACUGCCGGGUGAACGUGAACGAAGCCGCAGUCCGAGGGAUGACAACAACCCGGAUGACGCGGGACCAGCCCGUCCCAGGAUUGGGAACACCCACGUCAGGGCCCCACAGGAGCGAGAAGUUCGACCACGGCUACGAGCUUUGAGGUGGUUGUUGAAGAAGCCAUCUUCAGAGGAGAAGAUUGAGGAGAAGAAGAUUGAGGAGGAGAAGAAGUCAGAAGAUCCAGAGGAAGAUUCGCAUCAGGGUGGACCAGCACUCCCGUGGGAGCUCGACCAGUACAAGGUUCCCCCGAUGCUCAAGAACAAGAACAAGGAUGAAUGGGAUUGGUCCCAGCCGGGAUGGGCAAUCCGCGCACAUGGAAAACCUCGGAAGCGCAAGUUCCACCCGAUCCACAGGGAGUUCCCGCUGGAUGCAGCGCAGCUGGAAUCGAGGAGGAUCACGGUGAAGCUACACACGGGCACAUCGCCUUUAGGGAUUCGGUCCGUGGUGGAGGACAGCUGGACGGCUCAUCAAGAGCGACAGAGGACUUCGCAGAUGCAACCAUGGCGGGGGUACACCUUCUUCCGGAUCAAGGUCGGGAAGGCGCAGAAUUCUGGCGGAAGAUCCACGAGGAAUCGUGCGAGGGCUUCAACGAGCGUGGAUCCAAGGGCAAUUGGGUCUGGUGGCGGAGAGGUUCACCAUGGCUAUGCACGAGGCAGCUCGGAGAAGCGGGGUAAGGACGCGGGGCCGGUCUUGACGUUCCCGGAGACGGAGACUUUUGAAGACCGUAGGCCUCAAGGAGUUUUUCGAGAUGAGGAAUCCGAUAAGAGGGCCUCGUCUUCGGACUCAUCCAAUUGGGAUGUGGUCUGA